AUGUUUCGUUGGGCCCAGCAGCAGUUGGCCAAUGUCGCCGGUACCCAGGAACCCGAGUACGGCCCGGAGGCCAUUCACCCUGUGGGCAGGAACGCUGGUGACCCCGCCUAUACGGAGCUCAAGAAGGAACACUUGAAGUGGAAACUCGUCGAGCAGACCUGCGUCGAGACGCAGACGUUUUAUCUCCAGGCCGACAGUGGUCACUAUUGCUUUAUGCAGGUAAUCUACAACAACAUUGCCGGUCUGCGCAUCACUACCCAGUUCAACGUCAAGAUUUGGUACCCGAACAACGAGAAGCCAGUCGUUUGGACUAGCGACCCCCUCGAGAACUACGGCUUCGAUGAUGACCAAUUCUGUUUCUUCGCCGACGGUAUUUCGAUUGAGCUAUCCGAGGAUGGUUCUUCUUACAAUAUCAAGUCUGCGCGCAAUGACAGGAGCAUGGUCGACAUCAAGUUUGAGCGGGUAGCUCCAGGUUUCUUGGGAGGAACGGAUGGCACAACCAACUACGGAACCGAUCCCAAGGCGCCCUGGGGUUCUAUGCGACAUGCGUUCUGGCCGAGUGCAAACGUUGGAGGUAGGAUCAUCACCAACGGCGAGCAGAUUGACUUCAAGGGCCGGGGCAUGUACUGUAUGGCGCUGCAGGGCAUGAAGCCUCAUCACGCAGCUGCUCGAUGGAACUUUGUCAACUUCCAGUCGCCCAACUACUCCGCAAUUCUGAUGGAGUUCACUACGCCUGCCUCUUACGCCAACACCCUUGUCCGUGUUAGUGGCCUUGCUACCGACGGCAAGCUCCUUUUUGCCAACACUAAUGCUGGCGAUGUGAAGCACACGGCGACCAAGCAGGAUAGUGAUAAUGACUGGCCCGAGCCCACUUCAGCAAGCUAUACCUGGGAGGGCAAGACAGACGAUGGAAAGGAGGUGUCUGCCCACCUCGAGGGCAGCCUCGGGGAUCGUUUGGACCGUAUAGAUGUUAUGGCCGAAGUCCCAGGUUUCGUCAAGGCCAUCGUAGCCACUGCGGCAGGCACGAAGCCAUAUAUCUACCAAUACAAAUCGAAACUGACUCUCAAGGUCAAGGUGGGUGAUGAGGUAAAGGAGGAGGAAGGCACAUUGUUCGCCGAGGCCACUUUCAUCUCGUAG